AUGCAGCUCAUACAGUUUGUCUGGUUUCUUAGUCUUUUUCUUGCCUGUUUUUGUUCAAACUAUACUAGGAUACCAGAAAGAAAGGUGGAAUUUUGUGAGAAGCAAGGCCAGGACCCGUAUUUUGAUGUUGAGUUGUUGGUUGGGAAGAAAUGGCGAGUGUACUACACUUGGAAUAUGAUUUUUGAUUCGAAAUGCUACGACACAGUAUUCAAGAGGCCAACCAAAGAGACCAUCCAACGCAUCCGCUCUGACAUGAAGGACUACCUGCAGCAUCAGCCGCGGUGGUCGACGGCGGCGCUGCACGUCAUCACCAGGGUGGGGUCCUCGGAGCACGAGCUGCUGAUGUUCCCCGACCAGGGACCAGCCGGCAGGUUCCUGGCUGUACCCAAUGUUGUGCGUACUCCAGACAACUUCCCGCUAUCCAAACGAGUGCAGCUCCUGAAGAUAUUCAUCAAGCUGGUCGCCAACGGGAAGUAUCUGCUGGUGAUGGACUGCGUGAUGCGGGGAGCGUCGUUAUCGGCGCACGCGCAGCCGUACCGAGCUGAAGUGGCGACGCACGCGGCCGCGCUGCAGGUUGAGGGACCGGGUUACCCAGCUUGUACUCGGGAGAAACAUAAGAACGAGAUGAUAGCUACGUAGAACGAAGAAUUAAAGCAAAAAUACGUAUGGCACUCGGGGAUUGCCGCGGUAAAGCUAUUGCAUAGCAUUUUUUUAUUCAUUAUAAUUCGCGUACGUCUAGUCGCACGCACACAAACCCCGUGCCGAAUUCAACGCCGCAUCGCUGUGCCAGUCGGAGUGUGAGCGGAGGUGUAAAGUUUUUUCGUUACGGAAUUUCUUGAUUCAGUUGCCACACUCAAAGCCCGGGAUAAAAGCUAUGAAAUAGCUUAAUAAUGAAUAAUUUAGACCCAGUUGAGUUGCCGAAUGUUUUAUAAACUACUGCAAAUCGUGUCACACCUUACAUAAAAUGGCUCUUUCUGUGCCUCCUUAUUUUGGUAAUACCCUAUAAUUAUACGUCUGGAUCAAAACCUACGAUGCAUGAGUUGUUUUUGUAAUAAA